CUUUUCACAAGUUGAACUCGUUUCAUCACAAUACCGCACCUCCAAGGACCUCAUCCGAGCUCAUUCCAUACCGCAAUGGACGCUUUCGCGGGAGCUUCCGAAGACGGAACAUCCGCCCCGCGGAUAGAGUUUCCACUGCGGCCGCGUGCACCAAAAGGAGUACAAGAAGAGCGCAAAGGAUUCACACCCCGUCGAUCCCAUCAAGACCUUAAAAAAGCUGGCAAAUCACCGGAAUUCGUUGGUCAAAAGCAGCAUCAGGAAAGAGAUAAUCCUUGGAAGUCAUCGCCCGAUCGACUUUCUGUUGACUACGGAAUUCUAAAUCUUCGCAUUCGCGAUGAAGAAACGCCUCGAUCACCUUCGCCCCGAUUCAGUCUUCAGAAAAGUGCCUUUGCUACAACAGCCGUGCAAUUUCCUCCGCAGCGCCUGCACAGGGCUCUGAGCCCUGUACCAGCUACCUCACCGGACACCAUUAGCAAUAUCAGAAGUUCAACACUGCAAUCCCCACAAACCGAACCAGUUGCGCCGACUAUCUUGAUCGGUAUCGAUUUUGGUACAACUCAUUCAGGUGUGGCAUGGGCAUAUUCCAAGCAGCCAGAUGACAUCAAAAUAGUAACAAAUUGGGAUUCCUUUGAGUGGGGAAAUUCUGAUAAAGGCAAAGCUCCCACAGCAAUCUCCUACGGCGCACCAGUCUCUGAUGCGGGCGUGGCGGAAAACAGUGGGGCUAACACCCCGAAAGAAAUAUUAUGGGGAUACGGAAUGGGUGAUGCAGAGUCGGUGAAGUGGUUCAAACUCUUGCUUUUGGACGAAGAGGACAUGGAAGACGCUCAGAGGAACUCGGUCCAGAUUAAAAGAGCGAGGGAACUACUGCGGCAUGCAGACAAAACUCCCAUUCAGGCUGUGGCAGACUAUCUCCGGCUCCUAUGGAACCACGCUCUGACGAACAUCAACAAAGACUUCGGGAAGGUUGCGGUAGACGGAACACCAUUCAGAGUGGUUUUGACCGUGCCUGCUGUGUGGACGACAAAAGCCAAAGACAGGAUGACAAAAGCAGCGAAACGUGCUGGCAUCCUUGAUGUUCGACUGGCCGGCGAGACGGUUCUGAAUUUCGUUUCUGAGCCCGAAGCAGCCGCAUUGGCUACCUUCCAGGACCUCAAAGCUCGUCCAAAUUUCCAGACUAGAGACACCUUUGUAGUAUGCGACGCCGGAGGAGGGACUGUAGACUUGAUCAGUUAUCAAGUUCUCGAUACCAACCCACUCCAGUUGAAAGAAUGCGUAGAAGGAUCUGGAAAACUCUGUGGCGCGAUAUUCCUUGAUCAGGAUUUUGAGGACCUCAUGAGUCAACUUGUUGGGGAUGCCUGGAAUGUGCCCGAGGGUGACAAAAGAGAACUCAUGAGUGCGCAGUGGGAAAAUGGUAUCAAGAGGAGCUUUGAAGGCCAAGACAGGGCAUGGAGGGUCACCCUGCCCCAUGCAUGCUACCAACGCGGAGCACCGCCAUCCUUGCAACUUGAAAAGGGGUUUGUAGAAGACAUUUUCGACAACGUCAUCUCGCAGAUUCGUGCUCUGGUCAACGACCAAAUAAGCGCGGUCGAGAAGAAAUCAGGCCAUCUGCCCAAGGCUGUCGUGCUCGUGGGCGGGCUAGGAAGCUGCCGAUAUUUAUUCAAGAAACUGAAUGAAGAGAACGAACCCCGUGAUAUUCGGGUGCAACAAUCCCAAGGUGAUAAGCCGUGGACAACUAUAUGUCGAGGCGCUGUUCUUAAAGCCUUGACGAACACUCAGCUUCCUGGAGUCACUGUCUAUUCCCGAAUAUCAAGACACAGCUAUGGAAUCGAACACAACACCGAUUUUGACCCCACACGUCAUCGCGAGGACGAGAAGUUCACUGACGAAGUGACUGGGACAGAGCGAGUGAAACAUGAAAUGACAUGGUACCUGAAGCGAGGUGACGAUAUUGAAGAGACAAAGCCCGUUAAACUAGGAUGGCACAAGCACAUAUCAGCGGAUUACGGCUCCACCUAUUCGUUUGCGGUGGAUAUAUCACUCUGUGGGGAGUUGACACCACCCAAGAGAUACAACAACACUGUCAGAUCGAGCUGUACUCUUAAGGCUGAUUUGGACAUAUCUCAUAUACCGAUCAUUCAAGGAUUUGAUGGUAAUCGGUACAAACGAGCACACUUUGAUAUUGAGAUGACUGUCAUCGGAACGGCUUUGGACUUCGCUCUGUUUGUACAGGGGAAGAGAAUAAACCACAGUCAGGUCGAAACGGAAUUUGAGGAUUAGAUUAGGUACGGGCACUAGUAUUUCGGAAGGCCAGGCGAUAAUCCGAAACCGUGUAAAAGUGUGUAAACCUGUCUCUAAGAUUGACCAUCUAUCUAGAGUCUGAUCAGCUUUGGCUGAAUCGCGAACGCAAUCAACUGUGGAACGCGUCGCACGUGUCUCACGCGAUAUCAUACCCAUGUACUACACUAUUCACUCAUUAGGCAUAGCUCCUCUCUCGUACAGUAU